AAAAGUUGCAAGUCUUGAAUUGUAAAGAGGUUGGAAUCUGCAAACGGGAGGGGGAUUUUGUCUGGUACAGCACUGUUGUCAGGGCCACGUGUCUCCUCCAGGUGACACCGAGCAGCUGCUGAGGUCAGCUCAGGUGUUGCGCCUCUUCCUGUUUCAGGUGACAGACAUCUGCUAUGGCGAUGUUGAGGGAGCAGGAAGGAGCCGAGCUGCCGCCGCCUCUGGCCCCCUGCCUGGUUAAAUUCACUCACUGCGAUCGAGAUAUCUACAGCAGCGCUGUCCCCCAGCAGUGCCCGAUCUGUGGGCAAAAUGCGGUGAGCUCCUGGCAGCUGGAGCAGGCUCCUGUCAGCAUCCCCUGCCCUUUUAUUAAUGCACACAGGGAAAAAUGCUCUUUUGUACUGAGACCAACAAAAGGCGGCUUUUUAGGGGAGUACGAUGGCUGCUCAGAUCUUCACGUUGGCAUCACCAGUUCUAAAGGAAUUAUCCAUCAUUACAAUGAAAGCGGCUCCCACAAAGACGCUACUGGCUGGGAACAGUGUGUGAGCAUACCAUUAGUGCCGCCAGACCAAUAUGCCCUCAUCCACCAGUGGGAUUCAUAUCUAGAAGUGUUCUCCUGCAAUGAGGAAUGGCUUCCUCACAGAUAUGAUGAAAAAGACCACAACUGCUACACGUAUGCCUUAAUGUUCAUCAACAGUCUCCUACAUCUACAAGAGAAGAGAACAUUUACCAAGGAGGAAUUUACUGCAAAAUUUGUAUUACCAAGAACCCGCCGAGCAUCUAAGUACAUCACUCUGUGUCAUGAGGUCACCAAAAAUUAUUACUAUAUAGUAGAUCACUCUACACUCUAGUUGGGUGGGCCAGAAGUAAAAAGUCUAGGGGAGAAUUUAUCAACUGCAAAGAAAAAAAAAGGGUGAUCA